GGUUAAGCAAGGUAAAGAUCAAGCAAUCUUAAAUCAGUAUUAUCUACAAGGUUAUAUGAAUCAGGCAGGUGUCCUUGAACAGUGAUGCUCAGAUCAAUUCUGUUUCUAAUUCUCCCUUUCAGCAUCAGCAUACAUGAAAGUCCAAAUGCUAACAUGUAUCUAAUCAAAAUUCCAAAUGCAACAAUGUAUCUCAUUGAAAUGGCAGGGGGUGAAGUGAGGAGUAAAGAAACUCCUGAAGUUUAUGACAGAAAUGAAUCUCAAUUAAGUUCUGACCCUGAGUCUGGAAAUGACUACAGUGAUGAUGAUUCUGAGGAUGAAGUUUCAAAUGAUGGGUUAAACGAAGAUGUACAAAAAAGUAAAUACAGUAAAUCUAUUAGCCCUGGAAAUAAAAACAAUGAGAAUAUUACUAACAGCAGAAUGGAUUUUGACGGAAAUGCUAACAACAACUUGAAAAAACAGAUAAAUAUAACUGAACAAGCAGAGAAUAAUACUACAAACAGUGCAGUGGAUCUUGAUGGAAAUGCUAAACCCAUCUUGGAAAAACAGAUAAAUAUAACUGAACAAGCAGAGAAUAAUACUACAAACAGUGGAGUGGAUCUUGAUGGAAAUGCUAAACCCAUCUUGGAAAAACAGAUAAAUAUAACUAAACAAGCAGAGAAUAAUACUACAAACAGUGGAGUAGAUCUUGAUGGAAAUACUAAACCCAUCUUGGAAAAACAGAUAAAUAUAACUGAACAAGCAGAGAAUAAUACUAACAACAGCAGAGUGGAUCUUGAUGUAAAUAGUAAUGCCAACUUGGAAAAACAGAUAAAUAUAACUGAACAAGCUGAGAAUAAUACUAAUAACAGAGGAGCAGAUCAUUAUGAAAAUUCUAACGCCAUCUUGGAAAAAGAGAUAAAUGAAACUGAACAAGACGAGACUUAUGAUAACAACAAAGUAGAAGUAACAAUAAAUGAUAAAGCUGAUAAUUAUGAGGUAGAAGUUAGCACUAUAAGUCUAAAAGCAAUCAGUCCAGGCUAUGAAGAAUCAUCAACUAACUCUGAAAAUUUAAAUCACGAGUCAAGAGGUGUGGUUUUUACAUCAGCACCACUCCCCACAGCUAAUGUAGAAGAAACAACAAAGGCACCUAAACCUAGAGGAUAUGGAAAAGCAUCAAAUAAGACACCACAGGCAGCAAUGUAAAAUGAAAAAUCAAAACUUUGACUUUGAGGGGUCAAAACUCUAGACUUUACAUUGUUGAGGCAACAACGGGAUUUGGUAAAGUAUAAUGCAUUUAAAUUAGAUGAAUGAAAACAUUUUUUGAAUUUUUACCUUUUUACAUCAUAAGUUGAAAGCAGAAAAAUUAGUUAAAAAGAAUAAAAAAAGAUUAAACUCUUAGGGUAAAAAUACCAUUUUUGUAACAAAAAAUCUGAGUCUUCAAAUGCAUGCAAAAUCCAAUCAAAUGAGAUUUUCAGGGACGAAGAAAAGUUAGAUCCCAAGAUUCAAUUCUAUAUAAAAUAUUUCUUUCUAUAUAGAUCUUCAUAAAUCUUACCUUUCAAAAACCAAAUGUAUUGUCAUUGUCUGUCAUCCUGUCUCCAUGCCAAACCAUGUUUACAUGAAAAUCAAAGAAAUUUCUAGAACAUAAAAAAUAAAAAAGUUUGAAUCACAA